UCGUGCAUCUGCCGCGCUAGCAUGCAGGACAUAUACGACUCAGCCCUGAAGCGCGAGCAGCGUCGCCGUGACUCGCGGCUCCACACAGGCGUCGACUCACUCUUCGACUUCGACGAGCUGAGGCCCGACUCCGAGGUCACGGCCAACGGCCACAAGCACUCGCCGCUCUUCGACAAGAAGCGGUACGAGCCGAAGGGGUUCAUCGCCGAGCUGACGGCGGCCGAGAGCCGGCGCGAGCCCCGCAUCUCAGUGCCGCUCUUCGACACCGAGGUCAGCCUGGCGCGCGGCUCCAUACCGCCUAUCGUGCUAUGCCAGUGUAACGGGCGAAGGGCGUACGCGCUGCUCGACACCUCCAACGUCUACUCCACCAUCUCCCGCGGCCUAGUCAGCGCCUUCAACAUGUCCAGGGACGUCAUUCAGGACCGAACGACGCCGCCAUCACCAAUAUCAGGACUGGAGAGGCCUAUCAUUCAUGGGAAGCUCAAAUACAUGGAGGUGUCAUUGGGCAAAAGUCAGCUUAACAUGCAGCUAUUUGUAGUUUCAGACACGACGCCAGAGCUGGUGCUCGGCGUCGACUUUCUGAAGAAAACCCAGACGGUCAUCAACUUCUCCGAGUCGUGCGCGCUGGUGGGUGGCGAGAAGGUGCGCUUCGUCAGCGGCCAGGAGUUGGGCGGCCUGACGAAAGGGCGGCCGCUCUAACGCGCCGCCCAUGUGAUACGCUCAUCAAAGUUUUAUAAUGAACGCGGCCGGCCGUCCGCCGCCGGCCACCGCUGCGGAUGGGCGGGGAGCCGGCAACACGCGAGGGACGCAGCGUCGUGAGCCGCGCGAUCGCGUGCACGCGGGUGACGUG